CAUACUCGGCUACUCGCAAUUCGCAAAAGUAUUGCAUUUCUCUCCCAGUCUCCAAAUUCAAACUCAAUGGUCACAUUUUUUAACUCCCUCACCUCCGCCACCGCCUCCGCCACGGACGAUCCUCUCUUACCAUUCCUCUGGAGUGUCAAGAAAGCUCUAGAAGGUUCCGGCGGUUCCAGCCAGAACCUGUUGAACUUACUAGGAGAUUGCAUUAGAAGCUUCAAGGAUAGCGAACAGUACCGAAACGACGUCAGAUUUCUCAAGAUUUGGCUCCUCUAUAUGGGUGUUAGUUCAGAUUUUGGAAGUGUUUUCAUGGAAAUGCUGAACUGCAAUGUGUGUACCAAAAAUGCUUCACUCUAUGUGUGGUCUGCAUGUUUCUUUGAGUUGAAAGGGAGGCUCCAUGAUGCCCUCACAAUCUAUCACCUUGGUAUUUCCAGGAAUGCAGAGCCAAUUGAGUGGUUGAAGAAGGCACAGGCAUUAUGUCACCAGAGAAUAUCUGAAACUUGGAAGGCUGCUGAAAGGCAGAAGAUUGAUUAUAAGGGAUCCACAGAGUUGGGAAACAUUGGCAUUAAUCCAUGGGAUUCCUCCAUUUUGGAAGACCUGAUGAAGAAGAUAAAUCCUACAAUUAAAAAAUUUUAUGGGUAUCACUUGAGCACUAAAUCUUAUACAGGAAAAGUGGCCUUAUCUACUUUGAAGAAUGCAUCAAGGAACAAAGUUAUAGAGAUAGGCGGGAGGAAGUACCAUAUCAAAGGUUGCGCUGGACAAGGUGGUUUUGCUCAAGUAUACAAGGCCUUUGUCAACAGUGAUCCAAAUGAUGUUGUUGCGCUAAAGAUACAAAAGCCAGCUUUCCCUUGGGAGUUUUACAUGUAUCGUCAGCUUGAUAUGCGGAUCACUGGCAGAGAAAGGUCAAGCUAUGGUUUGGCUCAGAGAAUUCAUCUGUAUGCAGACUGUAGCAUACUCAUCUGUGACUAUUUAGCUCAUGGAACGCUACAGGAUGUCAUAAACACAUAUGCGGUCCAAGGGAAACCCAUGGAAGAAGUUUUAUGUAUUUAUUACACGAUAGAAAUGUUACACAUGGUUGAAACUUUGCAUGGUGUUGGCUUGAUUCAUGGUGAUUUCAAGCCUGAUAAUCUGCUUAUUUGCUAUGCUAGGGAUGACCUUACAGAAGAAGGGUUCUUGGACCGAAGUGGUCCUUGGUGUGAUCAGGGUCUUUGCCUUGUAGACUGGGGAAGAGGGAUUGUUCUGGAUCUCUUUCCAGAUGACAUAGUAUUUAAGGGUGAUUGCGGAACUUCUGGAUUUCGCUGCAUUGAGAUGCAAGAGGAUAAGCCAUGGAAAUUUCAGGUAGACGCAUACGGCCUUUGCGUUGUUGUCCAUAUGAUGUUGCAUAAUUGCUAUAUGGAGAUUGCCAAAGAAGAAUCAUCUGAUGGAGGCUACAUGUAUCUUCCCAAACAACGCUUUAAACGUUACUGGAACGUUGCGCUCUGGAAGAAUUUCUUCACCAAGAUGUUAAAUCAAUACCCUGGCAAUGAUGAUAGAAGGUUGCUGCAGGAGUUGAAGAAGUCCUUCCAGGACUAUAUAAGUUCCGAUCCAAAGAUGAUAAAGGCACUAAGGGAGUUACUUGCAAAGCAAAGGACUUCUAUGUGUUGUGCUUAGAGUUUCGAAAUUACUUUCUGAACCUGUUUCAUUUUACUUAACUGUCUUCAGCUGCAGGAGGCUAUAUAUAUAUGUGUGUGUGUGUGUGUAUGUAUAUUUGAAGGAAUAUGGAAACAAAUGCAAAAUGCAAGCAAUCCAAGACAGGUUCGGAAGGUGAACAUCAAUUCAUUAUUCUUCUGAUUCUGAUUUUGCAUGCUAACAACUGCUCUUUAAUGCACUUACCCACUUACAUUAGCCUCUUUAAUGCUAAUAUUCAUUGUCCUUUGUAGUUUGAGUUGUCUGAAUUUGACUUUUCAAGUACUGAUGUAGAUACAUGUAUGAACUGAGUGC